GCCGAUCAGAUCAACUCGAUCAUCCCGAUCACCCAAAUUCCCCGAUCAGGCCCGACCAUGCUCGACUAAAGGCGAAUACACGACUUCUUCUCGACCUCUUGUCGAUCACACACGAUUUCCACACGAUUAUUCACGACUCCUUCACGACGUCAACCCGACCACCUUUCCGAUUUCCGCUCGAUCAUCCCGACCUUUACACGAUCCCUACACGAUCUCAACUCGACCUACUGGAUCUCUGCUCGAUCGGUGUCAGAUCUUUCCCCGACCCGAUCGUCAUAGUCGUACUCGAGUCGUAGAAGGUCGUGAACAGUCGUGUACCAAAACUUUUAGAAUAAAAACUUCAAACAGUGUUGAUCAUUAUCACUUCAUCCUGAAACUUCAUGGUAUAUGUUGUGUCCAGCAUAGUAUACAUAUUUAUGGAGAUUGAGCAGUUGCAGAUGUGGGCCAGAUGGUUAGAGCUCCAGAGAGACAGGGCCAUUGCAGUGCUAGAGUUGGAACAAGAGGAAGAGGCUGAGGGUCGUAGGCAUAGACGUAGGCGACAAAUGCGCAGGAAAAUAUGGAUGAAGCAGUGGCUUGCACGACGACCCCUGUAUGGGCAUUAUGAGCAACUGCUACAGGAGCUAAACAGGGAAGACCCAAAAGGAUACAAAAAUUUCCUAAGGGUAGACGCUGAUAUGUUUGGGGAGCUUGUUGAUCGCAUAUCACCCAGAAUUCAGAAAAAGAACACCAACUUCAGGGAAGCCCUGGAGCCUGGAUUGAAGUUGGCGGUCACUCUUCGUCAUCUCGCAACUGGAGCCUCGUAUUCAGACUUGAUGUACUCAUUCCGAGUGGGAAGUAACACAAUAAGUAAAUUCGUCCCUGAAGUUUUGGAUGCUAUAAUACAGGAGUACUCUGAAGAGGUUUUGCCAGACGUCGUCACUGCUGAACAAUGGCAGCAGAUUGCAGAUGACUUCCGAACCAAGUGGAAUUUUCCUCAUGUCUGCGGGGCUCUUGAUGGUAAGCACGUGAGGAUAAAGAACCCGAAGAACUCUGGAUCUCUGUUCUAUAACUAUAAAGGCUUCUUUUCCAUAAUACUACUCGCACUCGUAGACGCAAACUACAAAUUCAUCUGGGUAAGCGUUGGUGCUAAUGGCAGUGCAUCCGAUGCCCAGCUAUUCAAUAACACUGAACUCAGAACCAUGCUAGAAGAAAACAACCUUGGUUUGCCUGACCCUGAUCCACUGCCUGGCGAUGACAUGAACACCCCAUACUUCCUCAUUGGAGAUGACGCCUUCCCGUUGAGAACUUGGAUGAUGAAGCCAUACUCCAGACGCAACUUGACCAACGAGGAGCGCAUAUUCAAUUACAGGUUGUCCAGGGCUAGACGAGUGGUAGAAAACGCCUUCGGUCUUCUCGCUAUGCGGUUUCAGUGCCUACUUGGCUGCUUGAACCAGAUGCCCGAAACCGUUGACUUGAUUAUUCUUGCAUGUGUCACACUGCAUAACCUUAUCAGCAUACGGUACCCUGCCAUUGCAAGACUGGCCGUCGACCAAGAGGACGAGCAUAACCAAUUAGUACCUGGUGAAUGGCGCCAAGGAAGACAGUUGGCUGAUGGUGAUCGGACCCAUGGAAGAAAUGUGGUGACAUCCGCUGGGGUCAGUCAGAGGAACUACAUUAAACACUACUUCAACUCCCGAGCUGGUUCAGUUGAGUGGCAACAGAAUAUGAUUUAGUGUGUUAGUUACUUUGGAAAGAUAUUUUGAUGAAGUGUAUAACCUAUAUGAUGCGAGUAUGCACAAGUUAUGUAGUUAUUAAAGUGAUUUCCGAUAUGUUUAAGUAUAUUAUAGUAAGUCAUCUUCUAUUUGGAUAUGAUAGUUUCCAUGAUAUGUUUGUUAAUGGAGGAAAUAAGCUUCAAGUAUACAUGUAUAUACAAUAGAGUUGAUUGUUUGUUUCUUGAUUUUAUGCCCUUUUUCGAAGUAUUUCAAUCAUAUCACGGUGGUGAGUUAACUUAGAACAUGACCUAAGUCGGCAACAAGAAAUAGCCACAUACCAGUAAUUUACAACUUUCAUUUAUAGUUCACCCUAGUUU